AUGGACUGGAGCGGUGGAAUGGAGUCCUACCCAUCAUCUAAUCCAAGCUCUUGGAGCCCCCAGAGGUACAUCAGCGCUUUGCGAACCAUCGUCUUCUCCAUCAUCAGUACAUUAGGAUCAGUCUUUUGGACUUCACUGCUGCUGGUUCUACUCUUCUUCCUGUUCGGCGUGCUGAUAGCGCAGAUUGUCACUGACCACUGCAGGCACUUGGCGUCCCAAGAAAAUGUUGUGGAUUGCACCAAUGAUGAGAAGUUUGGGAAGCUGAUGACGUUCUGGUCCAGCGUGCCUGAGAGCAUGCUCACGCUAAUGAUGGCUAUUACCGGCGGAUUGAGCUGGAGCGAAGCUCUAACACCUCUGCGAACUGUUUCAGAGAUGGCUGUGGUGGGCCUGCUGCUGUACAUCGUGAUCACAGUGCUGGCUGUUUUAAACGUG